ACAGUUAUAAGUCUCUGUGUGCUGUUAGGUCGACAACCAGCAAACAUUUAGGUAAAUAUAAAUCUAUCUAAGAUCCUUCACAGCAACAGAGAAGGCAUGAUGUUGGGCUACUUCACUACUGAAGACUGAAUAUUUAAUCCUUUAUAUAACAGACUUCACUACGUUUACGGAACACUUUCUGACCUUGGUGGAGCUGAUUGACACACCAUGAAAGAGUACAGUGUGGAUGCACCAGACGGUGGGUAUGGAUGGGUCGUGGUUAUCGCUGCCUUCUUCUCCAGGGGCCUUACCACAGCCAUCCUUAAAAACUUUGGCCUGUUUUUCUUGGAGAUCCAGAACUACUAUAAUGUCCUCACCAGCACUGUGUCAUGGAUCACAUCCACCAGCAUUGCUAUGUUUCAUCUGGGAGCUCCACUCGCUGGAGGUCUCGGUGUCUAUGUCACACAGCGUGGUGUUACGAUGAUUGGUGGAGUUCUGGCUGCUUCAGGCAUGAUCUUUGGAUCACUAGGCCUGGCCUUGCCAUGGAUGUAUCUGUCAGUAGGAGUUAUACAAGGACUUGGUGUAUCCUUCUGUUGGAUGUCAGCCAACAUCAUGGUCAACCACUACUUCAAAGACUGGCGCCCUAUCGCCUUUUCCAUCUCCAGCUCAGGCGAGUGUGUCUUUGCUGUGGCCUUCAGCCCUUUUUUCCAGUGGCUCAUUGAGACCUACUCAUGGCAAGGAGCUUUGCUCAUCAUUGGAGGUCUUCAGCUCAAUCUUUUGGUGUGUGGAGCUCUUAUGAAACCUCUCAAACCUAAGCCAUUUUCCCAAACCCCAAACCUCAUGGCGGACCCAUCAUCCACAAAAGCUCUUUUCCAGUGCUCAAUAAUCCAGAGGCCUGAGCUGAUACUGUACAUUGCAUUUGCCAUCUUAGCUGCAUCUGGUUUCUUCAUCCCACCUCUAUUUCUGGUGCCAUAUGCCAAUCACAUAGGUAUAGAGCAGUACUGGGCUGCCUUCCUCCUCUCCAUUUUGUCCUUGGCUGAUCUGCUAGGCAGACUAGCCUGUGGUUGGCUGGCUAAUUUGCGGGUGUUGAGGAACCUUCAGAUAUUAACGAUUGUGUCCAUUUUGCUGGGAGUGGUGGUGCUGCUUCUGCCACUCGCACGUGCCUACUACCCCAUCAUGGUUUUCACCACACUCUACGGCUUCCUGUUUGGCUGUGUUGUGGCUGUCCAUAUCACAAGUAUAGUGGAUAUUGUAGGGCUGGCAGGCUUUGACAGUGCACUUGGACUCUUCAUGCUACUGCGAACCUCUGGGGCAUUCAUCGCUCCACCUGCUGCAGGCUGGCUGGUGGACUGGACUGGUGAAUUCGGCGCUGCGUUUUAUCUGGCAGGCUUCUGCAUUAUACUCUCAGCUGUUUUCGUAGUGAUGGUCGACAGGCUGGUGGAGAAGAAGAAUAUCGCUCUGGGGUGGCCACAGCGAAUCAUCUCUCUCCACCUAUCCCUAUCUUCUGCAUCCUCAACACUUACACCCACUAGCUUCAUAUCCUCAUUUAUUACAUCCAUAUACCUCCUCUUUGGCCUUCCUCUUUGCCUCCUGCCUGGCAGCUCCAUGUCCAACAUUCUCCUACCAAUAUACUCACUCUCCCUCCUCUGGACAUGUCUAAACCAUCUUAAUCUGGCCUCUCUGACUUUGUCCCCCAAACGUCCAACAUCAGCUGUCUCUCUGAUGUACUCGUUCCUAAUCCUGUCCAAAUGCUUUACUUAUGAACUGUAACACAGUGUUUGAUUUUUCUGAAAAGAAAAAAAGGAUUUCUCUGAAUAUAGAUUAUGUAUGGUUAAUUCAAGGUAGUAACACUUUUCUGUCUUCCAUUUAUGAAGUUGUUGUUUGGAGUUAUCUCAUAUUAUUUUGUGGUAUUUAUACUUAGUGUGUGGAACUAGAGGAUGAGCGCCCAGGCCCUACCUCAGUUAAAUGUUUCAAUCUGCUGGAGUAAGCAGAUCAUUUGAGCUGUCUCCUUUGUUCCUUGGCCUCCAUAGAUCUAAAAACUAAACUCUAUUUAAUAUAAAAAUAAAUAAAUAAAUAAAAAAUUCUUGAGGAACUUUUAAAUUUGCAAAUAUUAACUGACUAUAUUAAAUAUGUUA